GACCCGGAAGCUGAUUUUCUUCUUCUGGUGAUCUCCCGGCAAGUCCUCGCCAUGGCGCAGGCAGUUAGGAACGUUGUUGCAAAAGUUCCUGCUUUAGUCGGCGCCGCUGUCACAUACUCCAAACCCCGACUAGCGACCUUCUGGUACUACGCCCGAGUGGAACUGGUCCCACCGUCACCGGCUGAGGUUCCCAAAGCCAUCGAGGCCGCAAAAGGUCUGAUCAGGAGCUAUCAGACGGGACGCCUGGGCCAAACUACAGUGAAAGAUGCCAUCAGGAAUGGACUGGUGGCCACUGAGGUGCUGAUGUGGUUCUACAUUGGAGAGUGCAUUGGCAAAGGAGGCAUUGUUGGAUAUGAUGUCUAAAUAUUGAACUUUUCUUUCUCCUUUUGCUCUUUCAAUCGUAACAUUCUCAACAACCUGCACCAGUUUUUCCAAUUAAAUAGAUGUUUAUAUACUGGAGUA